AAAUCUUGGGAUUUCCCCCCCAAGGCUGCAGGUGGUAGCAGAAAAAAAGACAAACAAAAACCAAAAAAGAAAAAAAAAAUUUAAAAAUAUUUCUGCUACCAAAAAUAAUGGCCUCUAUUAGUUUUAAUAAUUCAGUUAUUUUUCUGUUUUCCCUUUUAUGUUUUGCUUCUAUAAUCCCAAAAUUAUAUGCCAAUAUUGCUGAUUUUGAUCCUUAUUUGGAAAAAAGAGCUGAAGAAGCCCUCCAAUCUUCUCUUGCUGCUUAUAAUGAAAAUCCUGAGGCAGUCACUCAAAUUUUCAACAAAGAAGUUGGAGAAACAAUUCUCAAUGGCACAAGGAGGCAUUUGAAGGAAGAAGAUAAAGAGGACAAGAAUGAGAAGGUUGAAAAGGAUGAUAAGGAAGGAGAUGAAAAAAGUGUUGAUGGUUGCAAGGCAUACAAUCCAAUUGACAAAUGUUGGAGAUGUGACAAAAACUGGGCUAAUAACAGGAAGGCACUAGCAGAUUGUGCUAGGGGAUUUGGUCAUGGUACAACUGGUGGUAAAGAUGGUAAAUUCUAUGUUGUAACCGAUCCAUCGGAUAACAACGUGGAGGAACCUGUUCCUGGGACCCUACGUCACGCUGUCAUCCAAGAGGAGCCAUUGUGGAUCAUCUUCGAGAAGUCGAUGAUUAUCAAGUUGAAACAAGAACUUAUGAUCAACAAUGAUAAGACAAUUGAUGGCAGAGGAGUCUCUGUUCAUGUUGCAUAUGGAGCUGGACUUACCUUACAAUUUGUGCACAAUGUUAUUGUCCACAACAUUAGAGUUCAUCACAUCCUUUCUAAGGAUGGUGGUAUGAUUAGAGAUUCUGUUAAACAUAUUGGUCUUAGGACAGUGAGUGAUGGUGAUGCUAUUUCCCUUUUCGGUGCUAACCGUAUCUGGAUAGAUCAUUGUACUUUAACCAAGGGUGCUGAUGGACUCGUCGAUGCUAUCAUGGCUUCCACUGCUAUCACCAUUUCUAACUGCAAAUUCAACCAUCACAACGACGUUAUGCUUUUGGGAGCAAACGAUGCCUUCCCUCAAGAUAAAAUCAUGCAAGUUACAGUUGCAUUCAAUAGGUUUGGAAAGGGAUGUAUCCAGAGGAUGCCAAGGUGCAGGUGGGGUUUCUUCCAUGUUGUCAACAACGACUACGCCAAAUGGGAAAUGUAUGCUAUUGGUGGUACAGCUAACCCCACCAUCAUUAGCCAGGGUAACCGUUUCAAGGCUGCCGACAAUCCCAACACUAAAGAGGUGACAAACCGGAAUGGCGCCCCAGAAGCUUUGUGGAGAAACUGGCAAUGGAGAUCCGAGGGUGAUUUGUUCAAGAACGGAGCCUUCUUUAGGGAGUCUGGACCAGAAAUCAAGAGCACUCCAUUCACAGAACAUACCACAAUCCAGUUUGAGCCUGCUAAAUUUGUAGGCAGACUCACUCGCAAGGCUGGUGUAAUCCAGUGCAAGAUCGGAAAAGCAUGCUAGGCAAUUUAUAUGUACAUGAUAAUAACAAUUAUAAUACAUAAAACAUAUUGUACAUUUCAUUUUUGGGGUUGACAUGGAGCCGAACAUUUUUUUUGGGGGUUUUUUUACAGUAAGAGAAGAAGAAAAUGGCUAAGACAUCUA